AUGAAUGAGGCGACGACGUUGUUGGAGAGUGACUGCAACGACCGAACAGCGCUAAGCAAGGUUAUCGACAAGCUCAUCGCAAGCCGUAACGAGCUUCGGAAGAUCAAUGCCGAGCUCGAGGAAGUGAUUCCGGUAGAGGAACUUGAGAGAGAGUACGAGUCUGCGGCGAAUUAUGACGACCAGGCACUCGAGACCCUGACGCGCCUACGGUGCCGGCUUGAAGAUCUCAGCCUCGGUAACACGCGACAGACUUCUCAUUCGACGACGCUCAACACGCCGCCUGCCCCAACGACAGCUGCAUCCCAGAGCUUCGGACCUCGCCUUCCAACGCUAACCAUUAAGCCGUUUCAUGGGGACUUGUGUCAAUGGACGUCAUUUUGGGAGAGAUUCAACGGAGCUGUCCACACGAAUCCCACUCUGAGCACGACGGAUAAAUUUCAUUACCUACACAACUAUUUGGGGGUGAAGCAGCAGCUGCAAUUGACGGACUACCAACCACGGAAGCAUGUUAUGAAAGUGCUAUCCAGCUGCUGA